ACGCUACGACACCUUCACGAAAAAAAAAAAAAGAAAAAAAAAAGACGAAACGAAACAAAACAAAGCAAAAGAAGGGGACGAACAACGAACAAGAAGCUCCUUCCUAGUUUCUUGUUUGUUUCCCUGGAAUAUUUUGCUUGAACCAUUAAAAUUCUUCUGGAUUGCAACCCAAUUGGGUCUUGAUUAGUAUGCACUAUGCAGCGAUUAAGAAGCUCAGGGACGUCGAUUUUGGGUUCUCUAGUGGCAGUGCCCCAGUUGAAAAGGAAGGCUUUGAAUUCAUGGGCUGCUAUGCAGGACACCUAUUUUUCUGCCAAGGAUAUAUUCGAUAGGCAUAAGGCGGUAUUUACAAUUGGAACUUCAAUAGCGUCAGUUACUACGGCAUGGAUUGGAUAUUCUUUACGUCACUUACAUGAAAGGAGAGUUGAUCAAAGGCUUGAAACAAUUGAAAAAGCUAUGAGUAGCAAUUAUAAUCUCGGACAUUCAGAAAUUAGAAAGAUUACUGGUUCUGGAAGUGUCAGUGCUCCUGCCUGUGUUGCCACUGCCGGAACUGCUUUGAUUAUUGGGUACGGCUUGGGCUGGCGAGGUGGAAAGUGGCAUGCAAAUAGGCAGUUCAGAAAGGAGCAGAUGAAGUUGCUAGGGCAGAUAAAACCUAGAGGGUGGGAAUUGCUUGGGCGGGUAACAACACAAGAUGGUUAUAUUCUCAGCAUGCAGAGAAUUCCAGAGGGGCAGUCAGGAAAGACUUCAGGAAACAGGCCGCCAGUUUUGUUACAACAUGGCCUUUUGAUGGAUGGGAUAACAUGGCUGCUAUUACCACCUGACCAAUCUUUGGCUUUCGUCUUGGCUGAUAAUGGGUUCGAUGUUUGGCUUGCUAACACCCGAGGAACCAAAUAUAGCAGUGGGCAUACUUCACUCAGUCCCAAUGACCCAGCUUAUUGGAAUUGGUCAUGGGAUGAAUUGGUAGCUUAUGAUCUUCCAGCUACAUUCCAGUAUGUGCAUGAUCAAUCAGGACAGAAACUGCACUAUAUUGGGCAUUCACUUGUGAACCAGCUGCUGAACACGUUGAGAUCAGCUGCCUUACUUAGCCCUAUUGCUUUUGUGGGUCAGAUGGCCUCGCCGCUUGCGAGAUAUGCUGCUGACAACUUCAUUGGGGAGGACUUGUACUGGUUGGGUGUUAAAGAAUUUAAUCCGAGAGGGGAAGCUGUAAUUAAACUUCUCCAGGAUAUCUGCAGCAAGCCAGGUGUUGACUGCACCAACUUGUUAACAUCUUUCACUGGCAAGAACUGCUGCUUGAACUCUUCCAUUGUAGAUGUUUUCCUAGAUCACGAGCCUCAGCCAACAGCUACAAAGAACUUGAUCCAUCUGGCUCAGAUGAUUAGGGAAGGAAAUAUAGCCAUGUACGAUUACAAUAACGCGGAUGAGAACAGGAAACAUUAUGGGCAGCCCACUCCUCCAGUGUACAAUAUGACAAGCAUUCCGAAUGACAUUCCUCUCUUCCUCGGCUGUGGUGGGAAAGAUGCUCUUUCCGAUGUCAAAGAUGUGAAGCUCUUGCUCAACAGCCUCAAAGAUCACGACGGAGAUAAACUUGUAGUUCUGUACAGGGAUGAUUAUGCUCAUGCAGACUUUGUUAUGGGAGAAAAUGCUAAGCAAGUUGUUUAUGACCCUCUCAUGGCUUUCUUCAGGCUUCAAUGA